UGAUUAGGUUUUGUUGAGGCGAAAACUUUGGUGCGGUUAGCUGUCUUUAGAUUGUUCAUGAAUAUUGUGGAAGUGAGGUGUCUUGUUUGAAUUAAACUUCGGUUUAUAUGACAAACACUUACGUAUGUUAAAGCGAAUUUUUCACUGCUGAAUUUUAAAAAUCGAAGUUCCGCUCCUGAAAAAUGGCUUUAGUGCUGCCAUCUACAGUAGAAGAGUUAAACUUGCUUCAAAAUUCAGUGGAUCAUCGACCUACCAAUAUGUACGUUAAAGCCUCUAAUCAAGGAUUUGAGAAUAUUUUUGUUGAAAAAAAAUUCAAGAGAGAAAUAAGUUUGCCAAAUGGAGUUGAAAACUGGAAUAUAAGCAACUACGACUCCUACCUUAACUUUGGUGAUAAUUUGAUAACUCAUGAUUUUGAUGUUGAAUCAGCUGAUGAUAGACUAGUUCCAGAAGAAGGGGAUCACAGACAAAGGUGUGAAUCAUUUUCUUCCGUGUCCUCAACUAUGGAUGACAAACAUUCCGUGUUCAGUAGCUAUGGAGUAAAAACGAUAAAUACAGUUUGCAUUGAUUCUGGAUCAACUUGCAUUUCUUCUGAUCAUUCUUAUGUGAGCCCACCAUCAUAUUUCAAAGGCUUAGAUGCUGAGGAAACAUAUCAGAACUUGGAUGUAUUUUUACAACAAGUACCAGACAUUGCAGUUUCUGACACACUUUCUUCAAUCCCAUCUCCAGGCCAUGACAGCAAAUACGAACUUCAUAAUUUUAACAGUGGCUUCUCCCUACAAGGAAGUUGCAGUCAAGAUAGCAUUUCUAGCUUGGGUAGUACAAAAAGAUCAAUUGAAAACCCUAGCGAAGAUGACAUUUUUAACUUGAACACUACCAAGCGGCUUUGUGAGACACCUGAUGGAGGUCGUUACCAUGAAAUUAGAAGGAAGAACAACAUAGCUUCCAAAAACUGCCGUAAAACACGAAAAGAAAAACAGAAGGAAAUGGAGAUUAGAGUUGCAGAAUUAGAAAAAGAAAAAGAAGGACUAAAUGUUGAAAUACAGGUACUUGAAGAAAUGAUAAAAGCCCAUAAACUACGUCUAUUUGCUAUUUUGCAAAAAAGAUAAUGUUUUGAUUCUGAACUGAAGCAUCAAAUUGCUGUCUGCAGAUAAUUCAGUUUUGAUGAGAAUAGACUAUUGAUUUUAAGUUAAAAAUCAUUGCACAAUUAAAAGUAACAAAUAGCUUCCUAAAUGCUGUAAAAACUGCUUUUAGAUGUUUAAAAUUAAGUUAUUUUAAAAAUGUGAUUUCUUUUUAUUCAUUUGUUUUGGCAGCUGUGUCAUGCAAGAUUCUUCAGAGAUUAACAAGAAUUAGUAUUUUAUUUUAGCUUUUCAUGGAAGGGGGAAAAACACAAAAAUCCUGGCUGGUUCUGGGAUUAAAUAAGGGCAGUAAAAUUACAGUUGCUAGAUUGACAUGUAAUUGUGAACUGAAAACUCAAAAGGACUGUUCUGGUGAAAUUUUUCAGUCUUAUUUUAUAAAAGCAUGUUUUGCUAAAUAAAACUUAAAAUUGUACAUAGUUUUUGUAAAUAAAAUGUUUUCAUGA